AGCCUCACUUAGAGUUUAACCUUUUCUGGAAACCGAAAUGGCCCUUCAACCUCAAAACUCCCUUACCUCCCAUAAUAGGGUGAACUUUCAAGAUACCAUUGCACCUAGGGCUGCUUUUCAGGACAACCGUGCACCUCAGAAUGCUGGCCUUGUACCGCAAAAUGCCGGCCCUGUACCUCAGAUUACUGCCCCUGCACCUCAUAUAGCUCCUGAACCUCAAAGUGCCCUUAUGCAUCAAAAUAAGCCGUCCGCCCGUGUCCUAGGCCGUGGAGGAGACAAUUACCUAGGAAGAGGAGGAGACAACUAUCUAGGCAGAGGAGGAGACAACUAUCGUACUACUCCAGCUACUCAUCAGCUCGGUAGAGAUCGUCGUCAUUCAGCAUCAUCAGAUGACAAUACCUUAUCCAACCAAAUUCUAUUCACUGAUAGAUCACAUGAACGCCCCUACGAUGUGCCUCUUCUUUCUGUCAAGCAGAUUCUCCAAACAAUCGAGGCCAUUCUGGCUCGUGCUAACAAACCAGUUGACCUCCACGGCACUGUAGUUCCUGGAGGUCUUGUACCUGCAACUGCACAUGUGGACACUUUGGAACAUGAGAAGGCCAUGCAUGCUAACCUGAGUAGCCUCCAUGACAGCAUCGAUGUUCCAACCGGCAUUCUGAAUGAAAUUUCUUGCGAGAUACUUAGCAAGUCACUAUCAGGGGCAGACGCAAACAAGACCACCAUGGACAUUUUAGAGAGGGUCCAGCACUACGAUUGGGAUGAAAAGCUGGUGCUUGCCUUGGCAUCUUUUGCAAUCAAAGAUGGUGAAUUUUGGCUUGUGGCUCAGCUUUUCACCACCAACGCACUGGCCAAAGCCAUUGGACAGCUGAAGCAAAUGCAAGAGAUACUAGAACGAUCAGGGACUAGCUUGAAACCAAAGUUUGACGCGUACAACACUCUGGUUAAUGCCGUGCUUAAGGUGACCAAGAUCAUUGUUCACUUGCAGGACCUUAACCACGACCCCCACUUGACCCCUGAAAUCAAAGCUACAUCUCCCACUAAUCAUAUCCCCACUGCUGUUUACUGGACUAUCCGGAGUAUAGUCAUUCUUGCAUCUCAACUUUUAGGGAUCACCGGCUCCGAUCCAGAGUACGUAACAGAGGCAUGGGAACUUGCAUCCUUGGCACACAAGCUCGAAAACAUAUACAACCAUCUUGAGGAGAACCUAACUAGACUGAAUCUACUCAUUCAGAAGUUCAGAGAUGAAGAAGCAUUCAAUGCAAUUGCACGAAUCUUAGAAUCCCCACAUAUUGAUAACUCCAAGCCUCUGAGGGUUUUGUUUUACAAGGAUGACCAACCUGCACUCUUUGAUGGCUACAACAAGAAGAGGGUGGACAUUGAUGUGCUAAGGAGGAAGGUGGUGAUACUGAUGAUUUCAGACCUGGAAAUCGCCCAGGAAAACGAGUACCUAAUUGCUCAACAAAUGCACGCAGAGAAACGUCAAUUCCCAACAAGGCCAGAGAGCCAGUAUGAGAUUGUCUGGGUUCCCAUUGUAGACAAUUGGACUGACGCUAAGCAGCGGCAGUUUGAGGAACUUAGAAGUGGCAUGGAAUGGUACACUGUGUAUCACCCUUCGGUGGUGUCUCCCAUUGUGGUAAAGUACAUCAAGCACCAGAAGAAAUGGAACUUUGUGAAGAAGCCUCUGCUUGUGGUUAUGGACCCUCAAGGCAAAAUAGUGCACACAAAUGCUGUUCACAUGAUGUGUGUUUUCGGAAGUGCAGCAUACCCAUUCACAAGCACCAGAGAGAGAUUGCUCUGGGAAGAAGAGACAUGGAGGAUUGAGCUUUUAGCAGAUGCUAUUGAUCAAACCUUACUCAACUGGAUUUCAGAAAAGAAGUACAUUUGCCUGUAUGGUGGGGAAGACAUCAACUGGAUCCGAAACUUCACAAGGGCUGCAAAAGAUGUGGCAUUGGACGCUGGUAUCCAGCUAGAGUUGCUCUAUCUAGGCAAAAGCAAGCAGAAGGAGCGAGUGGCCGCAGACAUCAUCCGCGCCAUUAAGGAGGAGAAGCUAAGCCACACCAUCGACUGGAACCUCAUUUGGUUCUUCUGGGUUCGUAUUGAGAGCAUGUGGCAGUCCAAAGGGCAGCUUCUGAGUGAGCUCUCCAGGGCAAACUUCAGGGAUGAUAACAUAAGAAAUGACAUCAUAAUGCAGGGGAUCGUGUCGCUGCUGAGCUUUGGUUCUAGUGACCGGGGGUGGGCUGUGAUCGGGGUUCCUUCAGCAGAGAUGUCUAAGGCUAAUGGGGAUCACAUGUUGAAGAGCAUGAACGACUUCAAGAUAUGGAAGCCUAGGCACAACGAGAUAGGCUUCACCAGUGCACUGAAUGAAUAUCUUACUGGGGUGCACAAGAGCGCGCCUCAUCACUGCACCAGUCUCAUACUGCCUGCCACCGGCGUCAUGCCUGAGACCGUGGCCUGUGCUGAAUGUGGUCGUCUCAUGGAGAGGUACGCCAUGUUCCGCUGCUGCACUGAUUGAGUUUGAUCAUCAACAACACCCGCCAUGCUUCAUUCUAAAGGUGCAUUGGUUGAAUUUUUAUCAUAACUUAGCAGCUGCUUCUACUAUAGUACUAUGAAAAUAAAUUCGACAUCUGAAGGUCCUUAUCUCUUGUGGUUAAGGAGCCAAAGUCAAGUGUGUUUUUGCUUAUUGUUACAAUUCCAUAUUUACAUGGACAAAUAAAAUUUCAUUAUUUGUUUUUCCUUUUGGAUAAA